AUGGACGCGCAGCGGACUAUCAGUAAAGAGGUCGCGCGAGGCGCAGAGAGCAGUGGAGAAAAAGACGCGCCGGAGCGCCGGCGUGAGACGGUGCAGCGGCUGCAGAUGCCGUCUUCGGCGUCUGGCGAGCCGCCGGUGUCGAAGCCGACAACCGUGCCACAUAACACGCCGAUAAUCUCGCCCAGCGACAGCCCGCGGGAUGGACACAGCACAGGGGGCUCUGUCGGGUCGUCGGGCUCGUCGCCGUCGCCUGCGGCGGCCGCGGGAGCCCUAGGCCAUUUGCCGCCACAGACCGCGGCGGCACGCCGUAUUUCACGAUCAGAGAAGUUGAGCUCGGCGGCUGUGCACGUGACCCCCGCUGCGUCGAGUGGCUACAACAUGGGGCUAGGGUUCACGCCCAACCAGCGGGUGCAACUACCGACGAUUGCAUCGCUGCUUGCUGCGACCGGAGCAGGAGGAAUGGCUGCGCCGCCUCCGGUGGGCUGUCGCGAUGGUCUACGCGGAGAACCGCUUUCAAUAAUGGACCGCGGCUCGAUGUUCAUGACAUCCGACUCGCGGGGGUCGGCAAGAGACGCUAUUAGGACGCCGGUGGAGCGAAUACCGUCAUCUGCACCCGGGCACACAUCGUCUGCGGCCGCGGGCGGCCGCCUAGGGCGGCCGCAUGAGGGCGAGCUCUCUGCGCGGCCAGAAACGGUCAGCGGCUCGCUCUGCUCGUCCGAAGCGAGCGGCGCGUUACCCCGGAGCACAGCAAGCACAGCAAGCAACGUGAGCGUUGGUGGCUCUACCGGUUCUGCCGGUUCAGCAACAUCCGAAGCUGGCGAUGCUCGGCGGCGCAGCGCAGUUGAUGCUGGACCCGUUGAUGGGCGGACGCUUUCAAGUAUAGACGCCAAUACCGCACUAACACCCAAACGGUUACACUUCAACAAUAGCCGUGACCUCAUUGACCCUUAUACAUCAGAACAACAUCUGUCGGACGUGAAAAUCAACAUCACUUCCCUGCUGAACUCGCGUGGUGGAACUGGAGAAGAUCCGUAUUCACUGCGCGCCGGCGGGGAAUUUGUCCUGCCAGUGUCUGCCAACAACAAUAUGAUGUCAAUAGCGCCUACAAGCAAGUCGUCGGCAACUGGUGGUGUGACAUUUCAAUCGCAACCACCGCCUUCUACAGGGCAACUACCACCCCCUUCAUCUGCGUCAUCAUCGACGCAUUUCCUUGAGCCUUUUUCAAAUGGGCUAAUGAUGGACAACGACACACAACAGCAGAGCACUGCUAAUGGACUCAAUGGAUCUGCAACUAUGCACACCCAGCGACAAACACGAUUUAUUAACUCGAAAUUCGAUGAAAUGAGACAACGACUGCUCUUGACGAAGCCCGCAGCAAGGGAUGAUGAGCUAGGCGCCGCCGCCAUUAUCUCUCAGAUGCGUUCUUCACCUUAUCACACUGACUUUUCUAGCGCGGACGCUAAUAGCAGACCAGUCUCGUCAUCAAUUAACAUCCAGCGUAAUUUAAAACCCGUUGUACAGAUACUCCAGCGUGAAAACGGUACAUUAGUUAAAGAGGAGCCCAAUGACCAGGUACUGACGGACGACGAAUUGGCUAGUUCUGGUGAGGACGAUGGACUUGGAGAUACGAUUACGUGGAACAAGGGUGGCAAGCGCCAAAUUUCGCGACGUAAAUCGGCUCUCGCAUCGAGUACUGCUCCUUCUUCUGCAUCAGCUGCUUUCAAAUCGAGAAGCAAACGUAGGAGAAGAUCUAGCGGUCAGUCCAGUAUGGAGUCUCUACUUUCCGCAGCAGAACUAUUAGAAAUGGAGGCGAAUUCUAAAAAGAAUAACCGCGUCUUUCGUACACAACCUCCGCAUCUAACUCCAACAGGGAAGUCACCUACUUCCCUUUCGUCAUCUUUCGCCGUUCCCGACUCUUCUAAUAAGGAAUCCCCUGACAAAAACCUAGAGGAACAGUUUCCCAAUAAUAUCUCACCCAAAUAUGAUGACGCUCCGAAUAAAAAGAAGGCCGGCGCAGGCACUCGCUCCAGGACAGGAUGUUGGAUCUGUCGUCUACGUAAGAAGAAAUGUUCAGAAGAAAGACCCCAGUGUAGCAACUGCCUGAGGUUGAACUUGGAAUGCGUAUACGAUAUUAUCAAACCAGAUUUUAUCUCUGAUCCUGAUAAAAAGAGCGAGAAGUUGGAGGAAAUCAAAAGAAGAACGAAAGAGGCUAAACGUAUGGCCAUGAAAAAGAAGGAGUGGUAA